AUGGCGAAUUCCACAGCUGAGCCAAAGGCGAAAUCCAAGACAAAGCCCGAAAGACUGCCGAUAACAGUCGAAAAGCCCACGCCCUAUGUAUUCGACCUAGGAAACCUCAUGGCCCUAGAUGCGAACCCAAUUGAUCUUCCUCAGUCCGCCAGAACUUCACCGCUAGUAUUAAACCAGGCUCUUAAAGCGACAGCUCGCGACGGCGCCCAGUGCCUUGUCAACCAGCUCCUUACCACAUGCCCGAUAACCACCUCCAUGCAUGAGGGAGUGCUUCUCACCCUUCCACGCCCAACAACCAUGGUACCACGUUUCAAACCACUUCCCACACCCAAACCACCUACCAAAUGGGAGCUGUUCGCCCGCAAGAAAGGAAUUGGCCAGUAUAAUACCAAGAUUGGUAGUGGCUUAGCCGACACAGAACGAAAGAAGAAUCUAGUUUAUGAUGAAGAGAAGGGUGAGUGGGUGCCCAAGUGGGGAUAUAAGGGGAAGAACAAGGCGUCUGAGAACGACUGGCUGGUGGAAGUGGAUGAUUCAAAAUGGAAGAAGGAGGAACAAAUGAACAAGGAGGGGAAGUCAAUUAGAAACGAGGGUAGAAAAGAGCGAAUGGAGCGGGCGAGAAGGAACGAGAGAAAGAUGAGGGCUAAUGAGCGCAAAGCCAGAGCUGGAAAAUCGAAAUAA